CGCGAGGCAAAUAUGGAGUGAUCAGGUGGCAAAACAGUUCGUUCCAGACCAUGUAAAUAGUUGAUUUUCACUCGUCAUGGGAUUAUUGGGUGGCUUUAGGGCCAAGUUUUCAAAAGAUAGUGUCGCGAAGAAAAACAGUAAAAUAUCAAAGAAAAAUACUGUGGUGUGUGUUGGAUAUAGGGUAUUCUCGGAGUUUCAAGACAUUCCCCAAUAUCGACCAAUAUCAGAACCACCGGUAGCAAAACAACCUACCGCAAUCAAAACAGUAAUACCUCAAGCAGAUCCCAAUAUAAAUGGAAUUAAUAGUAAACCAUUGCAAUCCCCAGAUAGGCCUGUGGGUACUAUGAUUAUUACUAAUCCUACCGCAAGAAAAUCAGUAAAUAAACCAGUCUCCAAUUCAGCUGUAAGUAAUACAUCUGAAAUACAAUCAAAUCAUUUGGAUUUUAGUGCAAACUAUAACCAUGAAAUAAGCGGGUUAACAGUGGGUAUUUCUAGAAAUGUGCAAGUUAUUGAGAAACCCACACCUGCUGUUAGAAGUAUAUCUAAUGAUAAAAAUAGCGAAACUGAAGAAGAAUCGCGAAGAAAUAAAUCACUUAUGGACGACAUAAUUACUGUCUUUGCUGAAGAUGACAAUAAUACUAAUUCGGAUGAAAAAAACACUUUUUAUAAUGUGAGAGAACCAGGUAAAUCACCAACAGAGAACAUCCCCAGAGCAGAACAUAACGGAGUACUUAUAGUAGAUGUUUCUGAUAAUUAUAUUAAUCAACAUGACGAUGAAUCCCUCAAAUAUACGAAUAUAAUAAGUGAUCAAGGUUCAUUAACUGACUCAAGAACCACGUUUAAUAUAAAUACUAUAGAAAAUCCCUAUGAAAACGAGAGUGACGAUAACGAAUCGAGCUGGUAUCAAGAAACAGAAUCAUCUUUUCAAGAGGAAAACAAACAAACCAUCACCACAAGACAUUUGAGCAGUGUGCAAACUUUCAAAACCACAUCUACUCUAGGAGCUACAAGUAGCGCUACAAAUAUCUUCUUUGCAAGCGACGACGAGGAGCCAGAAGAGGUGGAACCUAGGCCGGCGCCUAGAAAAUUUAAUAUGAGAAUAAAUCAUGAGGGGAUUGAAGGUCGUAGUGGUGCUGAGUGUUGAAAACGAAAUGUGUAAGAGAUUAUUAUUUGUUACCACAAUUAAGUCGUUGCUGUGAUACGUUGUGUGUAUGUUUGUUAGGACCUUAUAUACCGUCAACGUAGAUACGAUCUAGUUUAUUUUUUAUUAUAAACGUCCUAUUUAUUUACGGUAAUAAAGUCAAAUAAUUUUAAGUAAGCCUUCUUCAAUAUCAUGACAGAUUUAAUUUAGCUGUUAAGAUAAGAUUAUGCUCUUAAAACAUAAUUUAAAAAUAUAAUGAAUAAUACUAUAGGUAGACAAUGCCAAUACCUAACUUUUCGAUACUAAUUUUGUGAAAAUUGUGUUUUUCAGUAAAUGCAAUAUUAAAAAAAAUUGGUUACUUAAUAUAAAGAAUUAUUAAUA